UGAAGCUGUCUGCAGCACAGAAGGGGGCGCACAUCUGCAGCCAGUCGGCGGAGGGACAGAAAAGGGAGGUGCGCACUGCCUGCCUGAGAGGGACAGGCCGGCCACGCAAGGGGCGACACCAUUCUCCUCGAGGCCUUCGGUAAGCAGCCCAACCAGCAGAUCUUACGCACCUGGCAAGACGGCGCUCUGUCAGUCUGCCUGCCUGCCUGCCUGUCUGUUUUUGCUUGCCUAUCUUCACUUUCAGUUGCGUGGUGCUGGGCAAAGUUUUAUACGCCUGAGCAGCAAACAAAGAUCAAGGGCAAGAUGGUGGAGCUGAUCGCCAAGGCCUGCAGAGUGGGGGCCGAGGAGGAGGCCAUCCUCCCGCCCCUCCAGUCGGCCGAACGCAGCAGCGGCCUGUACGAGGCCUCCCGCCAGCGCAUCCUCACGUACCUCCCCCCGCCCCCGCCCCAAGAUCCCGACACGGCCAGCAUCCCCGCCCUCUGUGUGCCGUACCGGGAGCCCGCUGACGGCACCGCGCCCUACAGCGGGCAGACUGUGGUGUUCUUCCACAGCCGCGAGACCGGCCUGGCUGACGCCGACACGAUCCAGUAUGUGCGCCUUCUGUCGCUAGCCUUUCGGGCGACAGUGGUCGCACCGGAGUGGUACCCAUUCGCUCCCAGACGGUGAGAGGGACAGGGACAGGGAGUGUGUGUGUGCGUGGUCAUGGCUGCUGUGUGUGUUGGUUGUGCUGUAUACAGUCGUCGCCUCGAGUCGUUGGAGGCGUUUGUGAGUCAUUUCCGUGGUCUGCUGACGGAGAAAAUGGGUCUGGUGCCAUCGCAACUCAUCAUCGCAGGAGUGGGCCUCGGCGGCACACUCGCCGUCACGCUCGCCACAGACGGCUGGUACCAGGAGGCAGUCGCCGGCCUCUUCCUCGACGGGCUCGUGGCCAGACUCGCCGACGCCGCGCCGGCCUACCUCGCCGACACGGCCAAGUACAAUUGGCUCGCACCUUAUGCCAACAAAAUGUUUCAAGGUGACAUAGAUCAGAUCGAUAUAUCAGCGGGACGCAGAUAUAUGGCUGGGCUGAUUGCGCAUAUGUUUUUUGUGUUGUGUGUUUGGUGUUGUGUGUCUGUGUGUGUAGGGGAUUUGAACGUGAUGGGGAGCGUGAAUCGCCCCAAAGUGCCGCUGUUCCAGGUCCACGGCGGAGCCGACGAGAUCGCACCGCUGGAGAGCGCUCGGGCGUUCUUCAGCGCAGCCACGUCGCCACUCAAAGUCUGGCGGGUACGUCAGAGAGACGCAAAUAGCACUGCACUCAGAUACACACACACACAGACGGAUGGAUGGAUGCGAUGGAUGGAUGCGGUGGAUGCCACCGUUGUCUGUCUGUCUGUCUGUCUGUUGGCCUGCAGGUUUUCCCAUACGGUGGUCAUGGGCAGGCGAUUCGGGAGCUGGAGUGCACGCCGAGAUUCCUGGCGGUUAGCUGAGAAAGGGAGAAAAGGCAUCCACACCGGUGUGUCCACACGUGUGUCUGUGUCUGGAUUCCUUCGCUUGAUUGAUCAGGACUUGAUGGUGUGGGGCGAGCAGCUCCGUCAGCUGCGGGCCCCCGUCCGCCUCAGCCCCCCCACCCUGCCCUACCAUUUCCCGCCCAGGCUCCUGCUCCCCUCAUCUGACGACACUGACGGAUUCGCAGGGCCCUUCGCCAGAGGGGAGGCCGAGGUUACCUUCGACCGCCGUGAGGUCAUCCUCGACACGUCCAACCCGCCCGCGCCCUCUUCGUUUUUCCACGGGCUGGUGCGAUUCUCGCCCAAGGACUUCAAGAAGGCCUACAAGGACGUCAAGAAGUGGACCUCACACCGGGUGCCCUGCCCCAUCACGGCCAACGACUUCAUGCCGCUGGACUUGGCCUCGCUCGGCUGCGCCAUCGACCGCUUCCGCACCGAGAUGAUCAAGCCGGGCACGCCCAUCGCUGGCUCGAGGUCGCCCUCCCAGUCCCCCUCUCCCUCUCCGCCCUCGCCCAACAACGGCAGCAGCCCACCCAUCGGCCCCCUCACCACCAUCACCACCCCUCCCCCUCCCGGCAGCAGCAGCAACAACCAGCAGCAGCGGCCAACAGUGGAGAAGAAACCAAGACCGGGCCCCAGGCUGCCGCAUGUGCACUCGAUGAUCAGCACCGACGUGGGGAGCCCCCGGGAGUCGCCGCGUUUCGGCGCUGGGUCGGACCGCAGUGGGAUGUUGUCGCCCGACGACAAGAAGAAUGGCGGUGUGCAGCGGGAUGUGAGCGAGGGGCUGAACGGGAGGGGGUUGAGGCGGGGCGUGCGGGUGGUGACCGAGCCGGUGCACGGCAACGCCAUGCGCGAGGACAGUGAAAUUGACGGAGGGGGCGACGGGUUUGACUCGCACUGGGAGGAGCUGGUCUUCGAGGUGGGGAUGGAGAUGAAGGCCACGGGGAGGGACAUUCUCGACGUCGUCAGGAAGAAAACGUGAGGGAGGGAGGGAGAGAUGGGUCGGUCGCUGUGAGUACUGACUGUGCAUGGGGUGGGUACAUGGGUGGGUGGAUGAAAGCAGAGAGAGAUCGAGACAAUUUUCUAAGGCGGACGGGGCGGGGCGGGGAGGGGAGGGAGGGCGAGAGUGUCUCUCUCCUCUCCCCCUUCGUUCGUUCGUUCGUUGUUGCUUUCGUUGUGAAGAUAGGUAGGUAGAGUACAAUUAGCCUGACUGCUGCUGGUGAUGGAUGCUGCGUAGACUGUCCUGUGUGCUAUGCUGUGAUGUCAUGUAUAGGCAGGCCAUAUGGCAGGUUCUUUACGUCAGGUGAGUGAGUGAGCGAGUGAGUGAGUAGGUAAGCAUGUGGGUGUACAGUGCAUAUUUAUUCGCACAUACAUACAUACAUACAUCGAGGCAGGCCGAAAGGUUGAUGGAUGGAUGAGACCAUCAUGCAGGCAGCCAAUCGCAUCCAUCUAUGUGCCAUCCACCCACCCGCCCACCCACCCGCCCAUCCGUCCAUCCAUCCAUGCCAAUUGAUUUAUAUCGCUCGCUCACUAGGAGAUAAGACAGACAGACAGACAGAGGAAAAUAGGAGGGAGGGACACAUGUUCUUCCCCUUCCCUCCCCUCCGCCCGACCGCCAUCACAUCUCCCACCUUCUGUCUGUCUUCUGCCUACCUUCUGUCUGUCUGUCUGUCUGUCUGUCUGUAAGCCGCAAGCCGAAAUGAGCUGUAAGGGCGCCGUACGCAUGCAUACCCACAUAUCUAUCACGGCUGGAGAGGCAGGCCUGAAUACCAACCGUACGUACGAGCAUCCGAAAGCGGAUGGGUGGAUUGACUGAUGUGGCGUGACGGCCUGUGCAGGGCGGGCCAUAGAGUCAAAGAGUAGAGGCACGAGAGGGAGGGAGGGAGGGAGGGAGAGAGGGAGGGCGGGAGGAAGACUGACUGACUGACUGACUGAGGGGGGCGCCGCCUUGCUGGCUGGCCUCUGCUCCGUUCAUGCGUGUCACGUAACUGGGUCUUCAUGUCGAUAGCUUGCUAUUUAUUCACUUUAUCGAUGUAUGUAAUGUGAUGGACGAGAGGAGAGAUGGGACGGAGGGAAUCUACAUCUCUCUCUAUCGUAGCAGCUAGGUGAGGUGUGCAUAGACAGACAGAGACCAGCGAGUGCCAUCUGUCUCCCGCCCGCCCGUCUUACUUACACAAAAUGGAUGCAUCGCACACAACGACGACAGACCGGCUGGGGAUGGGUGGGUGAGGGGUAAGUUUGUCAUCUUAAGUUGUUUUCGGUGGUGCUCUGUAGGGGAGGGCCGACUCACAGACAGACAGACAGACAGCCAGAGUCGGCCUCCACAUUUUUGUACCAUCACACAUAGAUAGAGAAGGACCUAGGCGAGGCACACAUGAGUUCUGCGUACCAUAGACACUCCACUGAUCUCGUUGGUAGCUGUAAUUUUGUGAGGGGCGUCGAUGGGCGUAGGAGUAUGACACUGUUUAUUGUGUGGAUGCACACGAAGCAGUCAGUCACACCGAAGACGAUGCAAGCCGUCGGUUUGUGUGAUCGGCUGCCGACCUUUUCGACUGACUGGCUGGCUGGCAGGAAAGUGUUUGUCUUCUUCCUGCCUGUAUCUCCGUCUGUCCGUCUGUCUGUCUGUCUGUCUGCACAAGUUUCCGCAUCUUCCAUCCAUCUCGACUGCACACACGUACUAUAUCGGUUUGAUCGCUGUUGCAUUAAUUGCACAAUGUUUGUACCACGUCUGUCUGUCUGUCUGUAUGUAUGUCUGUAUGUCAAUCUGCGUGUAAUGUGUGGGAAGCGGCAACCGUUGCAAGUAAGCUUGUGCGGGGCAUCGCGUCAGUCCACGACCGGAGGGAGGGCGAUACAUGUGAUGUGCAUAUUCGUUCGACUCGGGGGGCUGUGGGACGCGUCUGUCUGUACAUGCGCUGCCUAGGGGAUGAGACGAACAAGGAAGGAAAGAAGUUUGC